AGAGUUAAAAGACACCAGCAUAUGCAUGAGCAGUUCCUCUUUCUGCGUGCUGCACUGAUAAUCUCUGCUGAAGUGUUAAGUCCUGUCACAGUUGAGGGAAAGCCACAGAAAGGCUCACAGCUCUACAAGUUCCUCUGUGCUAACUAUAAAGACCUCCUAAUUUCUGAGACAUCAGACACUUGAGGGGCUGCUAGAAAAAAAAAGACAUUCUUUUUUUUUUUGCUCUUCUUGUUGUUGCACCGAGGUAGUAGGGAGAAUUGCCAUGGAAGAUGAUGAGUACAACACAUAUCUGGAUGGUUUUUUCACCCCGUCCAACACGACAGAAGAUUACGGAUAUGUCUUAAAUGAAACAGUGAUACUGUGUGAGAAGACCAACGUGAAACGGUUUGGUGCGACGUUCAUCCCUGUGUUCUACUCCAUGAACUUCUUGCUGAGCCUUUUGGGAAACAGUCUGGUUUUGUGCAUCAUCUACAAGUAUGAGAAGCUCAGUACGGUUACCAACAUCUUCCUGCUCAACCUGGUCAUCUCGGAUCUCCUGUUCGCCUCGACCUUACCUUUCUGGGCUAUCUACUACCGCACCGAGUGGAUAUUUGGCCCUUUCCUCUGCAAGGUAGUAGGCAGCUUGUACUCAAUUGGCUUUUCCAGCUCCAUCCUCUUCCUCACCCUGAUGACUUUUGACCGCUACCUGGCUGUGGUCCAUGCCAUCACGGCCGCCCAGAGCCGCCGGAGGUUGUAUGCCUUCUCCAUGUCUUUUGUCGUCUGGUUUCUCAGUCUUCUCGCUAGCCUUAAAGACAUGGUCCUCUACAACGUACGGGAGAACAAACCGGACGGCUGGGUGUGUGAAGAGAGUGGCUACAAGUACGAGACCAUAGUCAAAUGGAAGCUGAUGGGUUACUGCCAGCAGUUUGGGGUGUUCUUCCUGCUUCCACUCAUGAUGGUGUUCUAUUGCUAUGCCCGAAUUACCAUUCGCAUCAUCUCCACACGCAUACAGGAGAAAUGCAGAGCUGUCAAGCUCAUCUUUGUCAUCACCUUCACGUUCUUUCACUGCUGGACGCCUUACAACGUGGUCAUCCUUCUCAAGGCGCUUCGCUUGUCCUCCAGAGACAGAUCAUGCGCUGAUGACCUGGACUAUGCAGAAUAUAUCACACGUAACAUUGCAUACUUGUACUGCUGCAUUAGCCCCGUGUUCUACACUUUUGUGGGGAAGAAAUUCCAGAGCCAUUUCCGGAAACUUCUUGCUAAGCACAUACCAUGUUUGAAGACCACCAUCAUGUCAUCUCAAAGCAGCAGGACCACCUCCUUCAGGAGCCCCAAUACUGAGUACUACUAACUGAUGAAACUUCUCACUGGAAGGAAUUUGGACAUUUUAAACUUCUGAAUACUGUAAUCUGCUGAACUUCUGAAUAUGGCAAGGUUCUGACAGUUCUGAAUAUUGGGAUGUUCUAAAUUUCUUAAUACUGCUGGGUUCUGAAAUUCUGAAUAUUGAGAGGUAACACAUUUUUUGCUUAUUAGCAGUUUCUGAAUGUCUGAAUAUUGGGAAGUUCUGAAUAUUGAAGUUUUGAAAUUCUGAAUACUGAGGAGUUAUGAACUUUUGAUUAUUGGCAGCUUCUGAGUGUCUGUUUGAAUAUUGGAAACUUGCAAACUUUUGGAUAUUCUGAGCUUAUGAUACGAAUAUUGAGAGGUUCUGAACUUCUGAAUAUUGGGAACUUCUGAAAGUCUGAAUAUUUGGAAGGUGUGAACUUUUGGGUAUUGGAAGCUUAUGAUCUGAAUAUUCAGAGGUUCUGAACUUUUUGAAUAUUGGAAGGUUCUGAACUUCUGAAUAUUGGGAACUUCUGAAUGUCUGAAUAUUUGGAAGGUGUGAACUUUUGGGUAUUGGAAGCUUAUGAUCCUCUGAAUAUUGAGAGGUUCUGAAUUUUUUUAACAUUGGGAGGUUCUGAACUUCUGAAUAUUGGGAACGUCUGAAUAUUGGGAGGUUCUGAAAUUCUGAAUAUUGGGAAGUUCUAAAAUUCUGAAUAUUGAGAGGUUAUGAGCUUUUGAUUAUUGGCAGCUUCUGAAUGUCUGAAUAUUGGGAAGUUAUGAACUUUGGGCUAUUCUGAGCUUAUGAUACGAAUAUUGAGAGGUUCUGAACUUUUGAACAUUGGAAGGUUCUGAACUUCUGAAUAUUGGGAACUUCUGAAUGUCUGGAUAUUGAAAGAUUCUGAACUUUUGAGUAUCUGGAAAGUUUUGUGUUUCUGAAAGAUUUAUAUCCAGCUCUCACAGUGAUGCUGGCUGCAGGAUUUAAGAAUCUGAGCAUUUUCAGUGUACUGAAACAUUAUCUUUGGGUGCAGGUUUAUCAAAAGUAUUGUUUGUGGUGUGUACUUUUUCAUAAAAGUGAUGAAGGUUGUUCUGAGAAUACUCUAAAUAAACAGAGUCUGGAAGGAAGGAAAAUGAGGAAGUUGGGAAAUAUGUGUUAAAUCCAAUUUUUUUGUGUGUGUGUGCUUAUGCUGUUCUGUGGUUAAUUGUAGCUGUUGCGUAAAUCAGAAGUAUUUAGCAUCUUAUGAACAUGUAGCAUGAACUUGUCUUUGUAGCAUGAAAUUAACUAUUCUGUCUUUAGAAAUAAGAUGUAAAGAGUUUGAUUUUAUUAUUUUUUUCUUUUUGUAUUGUUAAUCCUUGGAAACCGAAAUGAUUUUUGUUUUAAAAGGCUGGAAUCUAAUUGCUGUGUCUUUUUCAGUCAUGUAUAAAGACUCUUUGCUGAUUUACGUCACACGCUUAAGAUUUUAACUUCAUAUUUUUUGCCUAAUUCAGCUCAAAGUAGACUUCCUUCCUGAUGAAUUAAAUGCACCCUGGUGUAAAGCAUAAAACACUUGGAAACGUGGUGUUGGUUGAUCUUCAGGUCUGAUAUGAAGCAGAGUUACUAUUACCACACCAAAGUCUAUUUUUUCCAAUAACAGCAUGCCUCCAAGUGUUUUAUUCCUCUUUUUUUCAAUUUGCAAUAUACUAACAAUUAUUUUAUAGGAUUAAAGAAUGUGUAUGUUUCAUAGUUCAUAGUUACAUUUAAUGCCUUCUUCUUCUUCUUUCUUUCUUUCUUUCUUUCUUACUUUUAUUUUAUUAUUGGUAAAUGUUUCCUCACAGAAAAUUUCCUCAACAUCCACAGUUACACUUUAAAAAAAAAAUCUCCUUAUAUGGUGCAUUCUCCAUAGAAAUCUCUGUGUCCAUUGUUGCUGUAGAAACAAUUGCACUAGAACAACUGCAUUAAAAUAAACCAGUGAUUUGAAUUACA